ACACACUCACCCAUUCUCUUCUUCUUCUUUCCCUCCUUCAACCGUCCUCUCGCACAUUAUAUAAGUACUCGCUGCUCUCUUCUCAUCCAGACGGCCUUGCAUUUUCCAUCAAAGCCUCGUCUUCGCUUAUUGGAUACGUGACAAGAAGAACCCUUUUUGUGCGCAUUCUUGCAGCUUUUUGUGUGGUUGGGCAGCAACGCACUGCAUUAAACAUACAUACAUAUCGCAACGAACCGAAACCGCAGAAACCCUCAAUUCUCGUGCCUGGUCUGCACGACCUUGAGCCACUCAUGCCUUCUCACCAUCGCAGCUCACCCAGCUCGGGUGGCAGCAGGAGGAACGACUCCGGUUCGUCGCCCUGUCCAAGCCGCCCUCACUCUGCUUCUCAUGCUUACUCAGUCCCUGCAGAUGUCGAGCAGCAGCUGCGCGAUGCACUGAACAAAGCCAACACGGAGCUCAACAUUAUCGCCGCAGAGCGAGACCGCUUCGAGACUCGCUACCUGGAGUUGAAGAAGAAGUUUGGGGACAAGGAGGCACCAGUGCCCUCCAUCGCCAUCAGCCCGGCGGCCGGUCUGCCUCGCGACGCCAAGGCGCAGAUCCAGUCGCUCAAGAAGGACCGUGAGCGCCAAGAGGAGCACAUUGAAGACCUCGAGGCCAACUACAGGGCUCUCAACGAGCGCUGGGCCAAGCAGUACGCCAGCCUGGAGGAGCGACACACGGAGCUCAAGGGGCAGUACACAUCGCUCGAGAGCGACUACGUGAAGAUCGACAAGAAGCUCGCCGAGAUGAUCGACAGAUUCAACGCGCCUCAGCUGGAAUCCGCCUCGGGUCCUGCCUCAGCCGCUUCGAGUGGCUCCAAAGAGUCCAGCAGCCGGCGGGAUGAGCGCGGUCGAACCCGUGACCACAAGGAGCGCGACAAGGAGGAGAAGCGCGAGGCCAAAGCCAUGGAGAAGCGCCUUGCCAAACGUCUCGAGGCCAAGCCGGAGCCGACUACCCCGACAAAGGAAUCUCGCCCUCCCGUGACGACGCGCCGUCGCGACAGCCACAUUGGAGGUCGCUCCUCGUCCACCCACCGCCACAGCCACUCGUACUCGACCAGCCAGUCCUCCCUCAACGCGUCCAACACGGCCAACAUGGGUCGCAGCGUCCCGCGCACACCGAACCCGCUGAGUCCCGGGGCGGGCGGCGCGUACAGCAGCGGCAGCAGCGCAGUGUACGACGAUGACCUCGAGGACGUGACCACUGGCUCUGGAAUCGGACCCAGAGCAUGUGAGCACAAACAUGGGCAGUUGGCCGAGGGACGAACCAGGGCUGAGUCACCGCACCACACUGACCACACCAUCAUGUCUCGGCUGCCGCUGCGUCGUCCUCCGACUUGCGGUCCACGGUGGAGUUCCGUCCCCGGCCCCUACCCUCCUGCAGGCACUUGAUGAUGGGGUAUUCGUGACUCCGAUGCAUGGAGGAGGACUGCUUCCAGUCUCCGGUCUGCGUAUCACUGUUGCAACGAUAUCGGCUCGAGGCUGAACGCAUUUGAUCCGUCGCUGUUGCCCGCUGGCCUUUGGAGUUCGAUCCUGGUUCUUCUUUC